AUGUCUACGGGUUUCGCUGCGUCCUUCUGGUCCAGCGACUAUGCGGGAGGCCUAGGCGUGCUUUUCGGAAAGCUCCAGCAGGGAGUGCAGGAGAACCAGCAGAUUCUCACUGUUGCCCGCAUGCGAGCUGAUGCCGAAGACUUGUACGGCAACAGCUUGUCGGGGAUACCCUCAGCCACCGAGCGCAUAACAGGAGGCUUCAACAGAGAUGAGGGCGCAAGCGUCCGGAAGGCAUACGAGGGCGUGCGCACCGAGAUGGAGGCCGCUGCCUCGAACCACAAGAAGAUCGCAUCCAACAUUCGGGAGCUCGUUGUGAACCCAUUCGGUCGCUGGUGUGAGGCGCAUGCUGCUCGCGUCCAGAACUCGCAAGAUGAUCUGCAAUCGCGCAUCAAGAUCCACGACCGACAAGCUGACGCUGUACGCAAGUUCCGCUCGCAGUACUACAACAAGUGCAGAUUGGUAGAAGACUUGGAAGAAGAGGACAAGCUGGCCUUCCAGGACCCACAGAGCGAGGCAGCGCAAAGCCCCAAGGCGAAAGUCCCUACCAUCAAAAUGACUGAGCCCGAGGACACGGACGAUGAGCCCAUCGACUUUGGCGACGAAACCUAUCAGCCUGACCAGGUCAAGAAGAUCCUGUCGCACAUGUUGGACAACAUCAAGGUUGGAGAGGUCAAGGUCCCAAUCAUCGGAACCUACCAGAACUGCUCGAGCGGCUCCGACAUCACCGAGUACAUCCAGAAGCACAUGGCAGCUACCAGCGUAAGCUACGCUGAGCGAAUUGGGCAGGACCUGGUCGGCCACGGCUUCUUGCGAUUGAUCGGCAACGUCGGCAACACGUUUGCAAACAGCUCCAGGAUGAACUACCAGUGGAAGACCAAGGCAUUCCAGCUCACUGGAUUGCCUGAGAAGAAGCAGCCUUUGACUCGCUCAUCUACCGCCAUGUCCAAUUCAUCGUCCGACAACACAGUAGACUCUCCUGUCGGAACUGUGCAAGAGUACCUCCAAGGUUGGAACCCACUCAACAAUCAAUUCCCCAAUGAAACCCCAGCAGAGAGGCUCAGACGCGAAGCCCAUGAAUCUGACGAGCGCUACAAGGCCUCUGUCAAGAAGCUCGACUCUUUACGCUGCAACUUGGAAGAGGCCAUGGUGGAUCAUCUCAAGUUCAUGGAGCGCUGUGAAUUGGACAGGCUAAAGGCCAUCAAGGCCGUCAUCCUGGACUUCUCUGGCGCUAUUAGUAACGUCAUCCCUAGCCUACAAAGCACGGUGGAUAAAAUGAUGCUGUUCCAGGAGACAGUUCAACCUUUGGGCGAUCUUCGAUACAUGCUCGAGAACUACAGGACAGGGCCGUUUGUCCCGAGGGUUUUGACCUAUGAAAAUUACUAUAAUUCAGUGGAUGAACAAACCUUUGGUGUAGAUCUGGAGGCUCGAGCUCGUUCGGACAAGAAGCGCGUCCCCGUCCUCAUCACGACUAUUCUCACAUUCUUGGACAAUCACUAUCCCGAUCUAGAGGGAGACGAGGCUCGUCGUGGUAUAUGGCUCGUUGACGUCCCCUUGGCGCAGACGCACACCCUGAGGACCGAGAUCAACACGGGCAAGAGGUUCUCCGACGAAGUACUUGAGAAGUACGACGUACCCAUCGUUGCUAGCGUCCUCAAAUUGUACCUUUUGGAGCUACCCGAUUCACUCGUCUCAUCGCACGUCUACGAAAUUGUCAAGACCAUCUACAGCACAACUGCCACGGAUGUCUCGGAAGACACACGCGUUUCCGUCCUGCAGUCGACACUAGGUCAACUUCGUCUCGCUAACAUCGCGACACUUGACGCCAUCUGCACCCACUUCACUCGCCUCAUCGAGCUGACUUCAGCUGAUGACGCCUAUGUUACGGCUCUGGCCAACGCACUUGCGCCAUGCAUCCUUCGUCCCAAGCAGGAGUCGAGUCUGACGAUAAAUGAGCGUUACAGCUACCGCCUUGUUCGAGACUUGUUUGCGCACAAAGAUGCGAUUUUUGGAGAAUUGAAGCGUGCUAGCUCACUUACCCACUCAGCAUCGGGCGCUCAGCGUCCGCGCGCCAUCUCGACCGAUGAGAGCAAUCGUCGUGCGAAUAUGGAGGAGCGCCAGCGCGCGAUUGCCGCUCAACGUUCGCCUCGAGCCACGUCGCCUGCACCUGGCCCUCGGGGUACCGGAUCUCACCGCCGCGACAAGAGUCAGACUCGCUUCCCAGUCAAUACUUCGUCACCCACAGAAACGCGAAGAAGCACUGGUAAUCGUGGUUCUCUUGAGGUGCCUGGAAACCCCGAUAGCCCUACUGGUGAGGGAGCCGGCGCAACAACGAAUGGUACCACAGAGUCUUCUGCUCCUGCUGCCCCUGUUGAGCUCUCAACACCGACGAGUACCCGGGUGCCUUUCCCCAGAAAGCCUGCGGGUAGCAUGGCGAGAGGCAACAGGGACUCUACUGGUAGUUUGAGAAGCGAGGAAGCGGCGCCUCGAGGUGUCACGCUUGAGGACAAACCCAUGGAUGAUUAG